CCCGGAAGCGGUGAGGAGCGCGGGGGCAGCACCGGCAGCACCGGGGACCGGGAGAAGCCGCAGCGAUGUCGGAACGGAAAGUGCUGAACAAAUAUUACCCCCCGGACUUUGAUCCGGCCAAGAUCCCAAAGCUGAAGCUGCCCAAGGACCGGCAGUACGUGGUGAGGCUCAUGGCCCCCUUCAACAUGAGGUGCAAGACGUGUGGGGAGUACAUCUACAAGGGCAAGAAGUUCAACGCCCGCAAGGAGACGGUGCAGAACGAGUCCUACCUGGGGCUGCCCAUCUUCCGCUUCUACAUCAAGUGCACUCGGUGUCUGGCUGAGAUCACGUUCAAGACAGACCCCGAGAACACAGAUUACACCAUGGAGCACGGGGCCACCAGGAACUUCCAGGCAGAGAAGCUCCUGGAGGAGGAGGAGAAGAGGAUGCAGAAGGAGAGGGAAGAGGAGGAGCUCAACAAUCCCAUGAAGGUCCUGGAGAACCGGACCAAGGACUCCAAGCUGGAGAUGGAGGUCCUGGAGAACCUGCAGGAGCUGAAGGAGCUCAACCAGCGGCAGGCCAACGUGGACUUUGAGGCCAUGCUGAAGCAGUACAAGGAGCUGGAGGAGGAGCAGAGGCGCAGGGAGCAGGAGGAGGACGAGCAGGAGAUGAACAGGGCCAUGCUGGAGCAGGCCCAGAACCGGCGCCUCCUGGAGGAUUCCGACUCCGACGAGGAGCCAACCAAAGCUCACCCCAACCCCACGGCCCAGAGCAAACCCACGGACAUCCUGCAGGAGGGCCCCCAGCCCCAGAGCAAGAGGCCCAGGAUGGAGAGCUGGGAGCGCAGCGUGGGCAAGCUGAGCACCAAGGCCCAGCUGGCAGGGCUGGUGGCCCGCAGGAAGGAGAAGGAGAAGGAGAAGGAGAAGGAGAAGGAGAAGGAGAAGGAGAAGGAGAAGGAGAAGGAGAAGGAGAAGGAGAAGGAGAAGGCAGAUCCUGCCCUGGAAAACGGGAUGGAAACCAGAGGCACCACGGCCAGCACUGGCUCCCUUCCAGCAGCAGCAGCAGCAGCCACGUCCUCACUGGGUUUGUUGGGAGCCUACUCGGACAGCGAGGACAGCACCAGCGACUGAGGGGACAGCGGGGACAGCGGGGACGGGGCAGGGACGGGGCAGGGACGGGGCUGUCCCCGCUCCUGCUGCUCUGGAAGCGCCCCCAGGGGCCCGAGGGGUCCCGGCCAGCGCUGUUGUCACCUCCAGCCCUGCAGCAGCAGCAGCAGCAGUGCAGGGAAGGUGUUUCCCUGCAGCAGCGCUGCUGGGCCCCAGCCCUGCUCCCAGGAUGUGUUUGCAAGGCCAGGGCUGCACAAGACUCUGCUGUGUCCAUUCUGGGGGUGCCACUGCCCUCACUGCCCCUCAGUGACCGUGCCCAGGUUGGGUUUGGGGUGUCCUGACUCCCCUUCAGCAGGAAGGGGACCUUGGGGCUGAACUUCCAGAGGGAAGGUGGGUGCUCAGUGCCCCUCUUCCCCUCCCAGGGUGUGUCAGGUGCCACCUUUGCACACCCCCGGGGGCUCCUGCAGCCCCUCGGUGCGGGGACAGGGCUGUCCUGCCACCAGCAGCUCCCCCAGAUGUCCCCAGGAGCUCGGGGACAAAGCCAUCCUCACGUUCCAGCAGCCACACUCCAGAAUAAAUGGGAUCAGGCAGAGCCAGAUCCGAGCUUCAUCCCAGAGCUUCAUCUUCAUCAGAGACUGAUUUGUACAUGGGCACUGUGGGACCCCCACCCA